GGACCAGCAGCAGGAGGAGGAGGAGAAGGAGGAGCUCAUCACUUUACUUUUACACAGUCGUCUAUCUGUCUCUGAUAAGAUAAUUAGUUCCCUCAGGCGCUGUUUUUUUUUUAAAUUCAGCUUUUCGUGCCGUCUAUUACACCUGCCUCCCAAGUCCCAGAGCUAAUGGGCGCGGCUGGGACCGGAGCCUAAAACUCUGUUUUGACUUGUCUGGGAAAGUUGAGCGAAAACGCACAAAAGGACGGAGGACUUUAAGAACAUCCCACCACGGCGCGUCAGCUUCAUUUAAACACAUUAUUCCUGCCGUGGACGAGUUCAGUCGGUCUGUCUGGAAAGCACUCGGGAUUUGAUUGAUUGCUGUUGGAGUUGGCUGAAGAUAAGAUGGGAUGGACGAGUUAACAAGAGAGAUGGACUUCUCAGGAGGCUUGUCAGAAGAAAGGGUUGUGACAGAAACUGUAACCUCCACGACCAGGCUGACUUCUCUACCACCAAAGGGAACCAGCGGAUCAAAUCACAGGAAUAUGUCCAGCGGUGCUGGAGGGCUGGGCUUGGAGAAGAAUGUCUUAACCCAGAACAGCAGUGGAACUUAUUUCUCUUCAUCCUCUGUAGGUGUGAACACCAGCAGCUUCAGCUCCUCCUCAGGAGUUUACCUCGGAGGAGACUCCUCAGGGGGAGGCGAUGGAGGGAGGAGUUACAUAGAUGGAGAGGGGUACGGAAGUGGAGGAGGAGGAGGGAGUAGUUAUCAUGUGAGCUCGGUGUCAAAGGUCAGGUCCAGCUCCUCGGGUGGUGCCAGGAGAGCGCAGACUGCUGGCUCAUCAGGAGGCCUGUCGCCAGCUUUCCGGGAGAGGAAGAACAUAUCCAGUCGUUCGGGGGGUUAUGACGGAAGUUCCAGCGCUAAUUCCUCUCCAGAAUUUACACGCAAAGACUAUGGAAACUACUGCUCCAGCGCCACAAGAGGGAGGAGUGAAAGCAGAGAGAGCGAGAUCAGAGCCAGAUUACAAAGUGCCUCUCCCACUGCCUGCAGAUGGACAGAGUUUGACGACGUGAAGAAGCUGCUGAAGGGUCGUUCCAGCAGCGUCAGCCCCACUCGCUCCUCCAGCGCUUCCAUCGUCCUGCCUGUCCCUAAAAAGGCCAGCGUGGAAGCCAAGACCAUCUCUGUGGCCACACAGUCGGUUUCAACUUCAUUUAACUCUGGUGUGAGAUCAGGUGGAUUCAAUACCAUUGACACAUCUGGCCUGUAUGAUACAUCUGGGCAGUUUGAUACUGGCGCAAAAUCAGGCCAGUAUGAUAUCACUCUGAUAUCAGGCCAGUAUGACACUGGUGUGAAAUCAGGCCAAUAUGAUACUAGUCUGAAAUCAGGACAUUUUGCUACUGGUGUAAAAUCUAGCCAGUAUGAUACCAGUCUGAAGUCAGGACAGUUUGCUACUGGUGUAAAAUCUAGCCAGUAUGAUACCAGUAUAAAGUCAGGACAAUAUGACAUCAGUCUGAAAUCAGGGCAAUAUGAUACUGGUGUAAAAUCAGGCCAGUAUGAUGGCAGCAUGAGAUCAGGACAGUAUGACGGCAGCAUGAGAUCAGGACAGUAUGACGGCAGCAUGAGAUCAGGACAUUAUGAGGGCAGUAUGAGAUCAGGACAGUAUGACACGCUGGAUGCUACACUUCCAACCUUCUCUUGGUCCACCUCCACGCUGCCCUCCCCCUCCACCACGGUGGUCGCUGGCAACACCAGCACCUACACGUACCAGGUCAGCACCAACAACAUGUCGGGUGGAAACUCGCCGCUGGGCCCUAACUCACCCUCGUCCCUGUCAGUUUAUGGCUUCCAGAAUAACCUGGCACCCACCUCUGGCAGUGUUCUCACCACCAGUGGAGCCAACAUAAAUGCUAACCUAGGAGGUUAUGGCGUUCAGAAGAACGUGUCAAAUGGUGGUGGUGUCAUCAGCACUGGAGUCUCUACAACCACUAGAUCCCAAACUGAUGAUGCAUAUAAGAAAGACUAUAAGUUCUUGAUCUCUGAAAAGGAAAACGUUCCAGCCAAGAGAGAUGCAGAGAUGCUUAUUUUGGCUAAAGAUAGCGGGAAGCAGUUUACCAGCAGCAGCAGCGGUGUUCAUAUCGGAGGAGGGUCACUAUCAGGAGAUUCAAUAAAGAAAGAGAAGCUUAUUUCAAGCUACAGUGAGACAGCCCCGCUGAAGGCAGAGACAGGCAACUCUUACUAUGGAUCAUCCGGAGUUGUAAUGAAAGACAAAGCCACCUAUGCAGAGAUUCACAGGGACAGCGGCAUCUUCGGAGGCGGAGGAUUCUGCUGCUGCUCUGACUCUUGUUGCUCCUGGUGGAAAUGGCUGCUGGGCCUUCUCCUCCUCUCCCUGCUCCUGCUGGGACUUCUGUUUGGUCUCAUUGCGUUGGCUGAGGACGUGAGAAAGCUGAAGAAUCGCGUGGCAGCCCUGGAGUCUAAGUCUUCGGCCGCCAGUGCUCAUACCAGUCGCUGGUCAGGUUCUCCCAAUGACAUCAACACCAAUGUUGGCGGUGGAGGUACUGGUCACACUGACGGCACAAUACACUUGGCUGCUGGAGGCGGAGGCACAAGCUCCAAAAUACAAAUCGGAAUUGCUGGUGGUGGUGGGGGUGGUGGUGGUGGUGGCUCCACAGGUGGCAGCAGCAAUGACCUCGGCACUGGAAGUAGGACUGGUGGUGCCAGUGAGUCCGGUGGCACCGGUGCUGGAAGUGGCAGCACCAGCAGCAGCUCCAGCGGCACUGGUACCAGUUUCAGUGGUGGGACCGUUGUGAGUGGAGGACGCAUAGACUCUCAUGCUCUUCAGAUUAUGAUCAAUCACAUGCUCAGAACUGAAAUGGAAUCACAAACAUUCAAAGCCUUUUUAGCAUCCUCAGUGCAGGGACAGAGAGGGCUGCCUGGACCUAAAGGGGACCCUGGAUCUAAAGGUGAUUCUGGUUCACCUGGAGUUCCAGGUGUGAUAGGAUAUCCAGGCCCUGAGGGUCCUAAAGGACAGAAAGGACACCAAGGUGAUCGUGGGCCGGAAGGGCAAUCGGGUAUCAGGGGUCAUGAGGGCCCAGCUGGCCCCAGGGGUCAGCCAGGACCUCCAGGCUUUGGGGUGAAAGGUGACAAAGGUGCUCCUGGAGAUCUUGGAUUUACCGGGCCUGUGGGACCUCCUGGCCCAGCUGGACCAAAAGGUGCACCUGGAGUUCCUGGGCUUUCUGGACCACCAGGUCAACCAGGUCCUCAGGGUUUCCGUGGUGAGCCAGGGCCAUCUGGGCUUAAAGGUGAUAGGGGGCUUGCUGGAUUUCAAGGACUUAAAGGUGAACCUGGUGACAAAGGUCUCAGAGGAGUGCCAGGUGAUCCUGGUUUACCAGGUCUGCAAGGGCCAGCUGGAGAGAAAGGAUCCAAAGGGUCAAUGGGAUUGUCUGGACAUGAUGGUGCAAAAGGAUCAAGAGGUGACCAAGGAGUUGCAGGAGCCGCUGGACUCAGAGGUCCUCCUGGGCUUCCCGGAGAUGCUGGACCUCCAGGAGUACCUGGGCUUCAAGGACCACCAGGGAUACCAGGAAAUCCAGGACAACCUGGCACCAAAGGUGACACUGGUGAACCAGGCAGAAUCGUCAAUGCAGCUGGUUCCUCUUCUGUUGGCAUCCCAGGACCACCUGGACCUGCUGGACCUCCCGGCCCUUCAGGACCUCCUGGAUUAUCAGGUCCCAUUGGCCCUGCUGGUCUGCCUGGCCAGCCUGGUCUUAAAGGCGACAGAGGAUAUAAGGGAGACCAGGGAGAACCAGGCGUGACUGUGAGAAUGACUGAAACUAUAAGUUCAUCUGCAUCUGAGAGUAGUCAGUAUGGUACUCGUGGAGUCUCACGACUUACUGGCCCACCUGGCCCACCGGGUCCACCUGGACCUCCUGGACGUACAGGAGAUUCGAGACAAGGACCCCCAGGACCACCUGGGCCUCCAGGUCAGCCAGGUUAUGGAAUACCAGGACCUAAAGGGGAGAAAGGAGACUCAGGCUUUGCAUCCUCCUCUGGAGCAUUUUACACUGGACCACCAGGACCACCUGGGCCUCCUGGGCCUAAAGGAUCAACAGGAGAGCCAGGUAUGCCUGGCAGCCCAGGAAGACCAGGAAGCUCUGAGAGAGUACCAACUUACACUGGAGGAAACGGGAUCCCUGGACCACCAGGUCCACCAGGGCCUCCUGGACAUCCAGGACUGCCAGGAGUCAAAGGGGACACCGGAGCUCCUGGUAUUCCUGGCUCUUCACGAGGCUCCAUCUCUGUCACCUCAGGACCUCCUGGUCCCCCAGGUCCUCCUGGCCCUCCAGGCAUGCCAGGCUCCUUUGCUUCCUCUAGUGAGAUGCAGCAGUACAUCACUGACUAUCUAAGUAGAAGCAGACAGGCUGGUAUCCCUGGACCUCCAGGUCCACCUGGGCCUCCAGGAAGGCCUGGGACCUUCUCAGGCUCUAUAGAGGACAUCUCUGCUCGUAUCAUUGCAUACCUGCAAAGGUCAGGCUCAAGCCUUGGCAUUGGUGUUCAGGGUCCUCCAGGACCACCUGGUCCUCCUGGACCUGCCUCUGGAUUCCAGUCAGUCAAUGAUCUCAUUGUCCUGCUUCAGCGAGACGAUGUGAGGAGAUAUUUGUCAGGAUCUCAAGCAACUCAAGGAACUCAAGGACCACAAGGACCACCAGGACCACCAGGCCCGCCAGGUCCACCAGGGACAUCAGGGACAUCAGGGACAUCAGGAGGAUUUUCGGGCAGUUAUACUGUAGAGGAGAUAGCCACAUAUGUCUUCAACAUCAUGAAUAGAAGAGGGAUUGCCAGAGGUCCCCCUGGGCCACCCGGUCCUCCUGGACCUCCUGGCUCUGGCUUCAGUACAGCUGCCAUUGACUAUUCUGCACUGAUGAGAAAUUCAGAAUUCCGCUCAUGGAUCAGCUCUUCUGUAGCACAUGGCCCUCCUGGUCCUCCAGGUGUCCCAGGGCUACCUGGCCCUCCUGGCCCUCAGGGGCCUCCAGGAGUCUCCACUUCCUCUGCGUUUGGGGCGGAAGGUCGUGGCUACAGCUUGGAGGAUAUUCAGCGUUACUUGCAGGGUUCUGGGUUCAGAGGUCUUCCUGGCCCUCCUGGUCCUCCAGGUCCACAGGGACCACAGGGUCCCCCAGGAACUUACACUAGAUCAGUUUCCUACAGUGGAAACUUCCCUCGGGACAGCAUCCGUGCUGAAGUUCAGGAUUAUCUGACCAGUGACAGUGUUCGUCGCAUCAUCGUGGGACUUCCAGGGCCUCCAGGACCGAGGGGUCAGAAAGGAGAACGUGGAGAGCCGGGUUACAUCCAGAGCUACUCACAUGGCCAGGGCCAGAGCCAGAGCCAGAGUCAGAGCCGCUCUCAGGGUGACUCCCGCUACGGCUCUGAGCGUAGAGAGAUCGACGUCAGCAAGCUCACUGAGACACUGGACUACAGCAACGUUGCCUUGAAAGUUACAGACUACAUCAAGAAUCAAGGCCUGCUGCAGGAGUACCUGGUUGAGGGUCCUUUGACGACGAACGUAAGAGCGAUUCAAGGCCCCCCUGGUCCACCUGGCCCUCCUGGACCACCUGGUUACACCCGUGUCAUCGCGUCCUACGGCAAUGUCACAGCUGACCUCAUGGAGUUCUUCAGAACCUAUGGCACCAUCCCCGGGCCUCCAGGAAGCCCUGGACCGAAGGGAGAAAGAGGGUACCCAGGACCCAGAGGAGACAAGGGUGAUCCUGGACGCCCAGGUUUACCAGGACUACCAGGGUCAUACACUGUCCAAAUUCCACACAGAUUGCAGAAGCGGGACACAGCUGCAAGCAAUAAAGUGGCUGGUCGUCGUCAGAAGCAUCGCCGUCAGGCCAGCGGUGGCUAAAGGGCUAACAUACUACUGGAUCAUGUCAGAUUUCAUUUCAAUUUUAUGCUUUUUUUUUAGGUGUUCAACUGUAGCAGUGCAAAUAGUCAAAAGAGUGCUCCUUAUUGUUGCCAUCUGUAGAAACGUCAGAGGACAAUUUGACAGAAUAAAAGCGGCCAUAAAAUGCAUCAGUCUCUUUUCAAACGGCUUCAGCAGAGAUGUGGCUUUAGCUGCUGGUCAGUGUUUUUUUUGACACAGACUUUAUAUUUUUGACGUGUGGGUGUAUGAUGUUUACUUUGCUUGGCUAGUAGCUUGCAUUCAGGGGGCUGCUUUUUUUUAAGAGUGCAUCUAUUUUUUAGCAAUAUUACUGAUAUUUUAACUGCACUUUGCAUCUUAUUCUAUUGCUUGUGUGACUUGAGCGUCUGGUGUACGUUUUAUUGUAUGUUUUUUGUCUUUUGAGGAUUAUAUUGUAUUGAGAACUAUAUAAGUGUUAAAUGUUGUAUCAAGCUAAAAGACAAUAUUUUCUUAGUAUCAACAUAAGUCAAGCCAACCUCCAGGCUUUAAGACCCCUGGCAGUUAUCAAUUCAUCCCAUACGAAUACAAAACAAUUCCCUUUUUUAAAUUUAUAAAGCAAUGCAUCGUUAUGAGAAGCUGAGACAGUCCCAGUCAGUGAGGGCCAAUUGCGCAACAUGGGUGGGGUUGGGUUUGGGGGUAUGGCUGGUUUAGGUCAAUAUACUUGAAAGGUUUGUUUAAAAAAACAAAAAACAAAAAAAGAACCACAUUGUUCACAUGGUUGAGAGACAGGACCUCAUCAUCACUUAGAAAUGACUGACUGGGUUGUAUAUUUUUGUAUAAGAGCGCACUGACAUUGAUAUAUUUUCUUUGUGUGUUGGAAAGAUUAAAUUAUAAAAUGUUCCCAGAUUCUGUUUUACAUGAUAGAACUUAUUGACAUUUGAUCAAUAUAUUUGAAAGACACACAAAUAAAUCUAUUUUUGGA